AUGGGCUGUUGCACCCAUCGCCGAAAACCAGUUGAGGGCCGGCCUGAGCAGAAAUGGGACUACAUCAAUCUCAACGACUUCAAGUCUAAAGGCUGCGGCACUCCUUUCGCCUACGUCUACUUGUGGUUUAUGCUUAUCGUCUCCAUCGCCGUUUACGGUGUUGAUACCUUUACCGCUAUCAACUUGCUCGCCUUUGACCGAUGGUCCUCUGCCAUUCAGCCCGCCAUUGAUUUCCAGAUCUCGAAAUGGAUCUUUUCCGCCUGCAUUAUUGCCUCCUUUGUCAACCUUGCCUUUGAACAGCUCAGAGCCAUGCGCGUCAUGAAGCGAGGAAACAUCGCCGAGUGCUAUCUCGAUAACAUCGCUGUCCGUCUCGAGAGUCUCCGCUUUGGCAAAGGCCAGGGCUUCAAACGCUUUCUCGUCUUUGCCGAGCUUACCAAGAGCAAAAAGGGCGCCGAGUACAUUGCCCUCUUCACCUACUUUAGCUUUCAAUCGUGGAUUCGCGUCAUCCUGUGUUCUGGGCCCCGUCAGGUUAUCAACGCCCUGACCUUGAGGUCUGUCUAUGUGGCCAAACUCUCGAGUGACGGCGGUUCCGAUGUAGGACAGGAAAUCUUGGGCUUCUUCGAUAAGAUUCGCCAAUUGGCCAUGGAAGACCAACAGCAGAUGGUCAUCCUGUCGGGCAUGCUCUUCACUCUCGUCAUUUGGAUCUUCUCCGCCCUUUUCCUCCUUGCCGCCGUUCUCUUCUACGUCUUGUUCCUCUGGCAUUGGAUCCCCCGGGCCGAUGGAGGUCUCUCGGCCUACUGCGAACGCAAAGUGAACAAGUCUCUCACCAAAAUCGUGCAUGAAAAGGUGGAAAAGGCUUUCGCUAGGGAAGAACAGAAGAAACUCAAGGCGGAAGCCAAAGAAGCCCUAAAGAACGGUUUCGAGCCCCCCAAGCUAUCCCGUCAAGCUACCCUCCCGACGCUUCCCGACAUGGGCGAACCCGACAAACUUCCCGAGAUGCCCCAGCUCGAUCGGAAACCAACGAAUGCGUCCUUGCCUCCUUAUACGUCACGACCUGGGACCCCUGGCAGUAUCGAACUCGGCGCGAUGGACCGAAAACGACCGAUGCCGUCGAGGAGGGGCACAUCCACAACGACGUCGUCCAACAGCUAUGCGCCCGAAGCUCCGCUUGCGAGCAACAGCGCCGAAAUGGGAUACAGCACCCCGAUAUCACUAGCCGGCUCGUUGCCCUCACGAAGAGGCGACGAGUAUUAUGGGCCACCGGCGCGCUCGGAUACGUCCCAUUCACUGCGAAACGGCCCUCCCCCUUUGCACCACGCCUCGACAUUUUCUUCCUCUUCAUCCACGCUUCAUCAUAACAUCAUGACCGAGAGUCCGGCCACCUAUUCUUCGGAAACCAUGCCGUCUUUCCCUCCCCCAGUGAGAUCUCCGACAGCGCCGUCACUCCACAGUUACGGCAGGGCGCCAUCUGGGCAGGGCAGGCCCGGCUAUGUGGAUUCUUCACAAUACCCCAGUGACCGUGCCAGUCUGGCCCCAUCAACAUUUUCGGACCGAUCAGCCGCACCCCGUGCACUCCGCCCCGGUCCUCCCGGAAGCAUGAGACCCGGCUACCAGCCGCGCCCCCCGGUCCGGAGUGCCACGGGCCCCAUGCCCUUAGGCGGGCCGGGUAUUAGACCGGGACCUGGGCCCCGCCACGUUCCACAACGAAACAUGACGGCGCCAAUGGCGCCGCAAGAGGACGACUAUUUCGACUUUUCUGACUAUUUUGAUGGUGCGGGAACACCACAAGGCCAACAACAACCGGGUCCUCGCGGGCCCGGAGCACAUAGCUAUGAUAGGUACGAUACGGACCUAGAGUCGCAGAGGGAACGAAGAUACUACUAG